CCGCCGGCAGCUCUCGCUGCCCGUCCCGGAGCCAUCCCCUGUGUUUCCCCGGCCCUGCCACGUUCAGGCGGCCGGGCACCGCGGGGCAAGCUUGCAGCAGCGGAGGUGAGCUGUGCGGGGAAGCGUCCCCCCGGGGUGGCCGUGGGGCGGGCGAUGGGGCUCGGGGAGCCAGGAAGGUGUCCUUCCCGAGGGGCCUGGGCAUUCCUUCCUCCCCUCCUCUCCCCGGGACAGCGAGCGACCGUGGCCUCUCUCCCUUUUGCAGUGCGCGACACCCUUUGGCAGUGCCGGUGCCAGCGAGGGGGAGCAGCUCCUGAUCCUCAGCUCUCUACAAGCUUCCGUGGAGCGCUAACAUGGACACAGAGACAGAGUGGAGCUCUCCCAUCUGCUGCAAUGCUCGGAAGAGCAUUGCCUUUAUGCAGCCGUGCCAACACCAGUUCUGCCUGGGCUGCAUCCUGCGGUGGGCAAAAAGGACAUCAAACUGCCCGCUCUGCAGAACACAGAUCGAGAAGGUCAAGUUUUCUGUGCGGGGAGAAGAUGACUACCUGGAGCAUGUCAUCAAACACCCCUCAGAGCCAUCAGUCGCCAUCAGCCAGGCAGGCAGAGCUCCUGGCCACCUGGCCAACAGCAGCCCCCAUCACCCUGCAGCAGCCCCUCCGUCGUUCCUGGAAGAGCAGGGGGAUGCAAGGACAGAGGCCAGGGCUACCGACAGUGGCCUCCUGCCCGAGGUCUGGGCAGCACUGUUUCAGCAAAACCAGCACCUCCUCUACCCCGUGCUGCCCUGGCUGCGCCGGGAGCUGGAGGCAAUAUCUGGGGCGCGGUGGUGGGAGGCAAAGAGCGCGGAGAGCAGCAUCCUGCACGCUCUAUGCAUCUACGGUCCGGAUGCGGAGGUCAUGGUCCAGAUGCUGCGGCCUGUCCUUGAGGAACAUACGGCACCUCUGGUCCACGGCACCAUCAAUACCAUUGAGUGUCAGUGCAGCGAGGAGGCCUGGAGGCUGCUGCGUUCCCAUGCUGCCGGGGAGGAAGGGCAACCUGGCUAUGGCGAGGGCUGUCAAGGAGGGAUGGACAAAGGGCACGGGCAUCCAAGCCAGAGGCAAGCCUUGGGGUAA